AUGGUUUUGACAGUUGCGGAUGCGAAAAAAUUAACUGUUGCACGACUUAAAGAAGAGUUAUUGAAAAGAGGAUUGUCGGAUGCUGGAAAUAAACCGGAUUUACUCGCAAGACUCACGGAAAGCAUCGAAGACUCUAUUCUAAACGAUGCUGGAGAUUUAUCACUUCCAAAUGAUGAUAUUCUGUUGAAUGAUGAUAUUUUGGAUGCGCCAAGUAUUGAUGGUGAUAAUGAUGUUGAAAAAUUAUUAAAUAGCUCGGAAGACGUGGUUACAUCACCAACUCCCCCAGCAACAACUAUCAAACCAAUCGAAGCUCCAGAAGAUCCGAAACUUGCAAGAGCUGCGAGAUUUGGACUUCCUGUAACUGGAACAGCUUCUGCUACGGAAUUAGCGUCAGAAUCAGCGAAAGAAGCGAGAGCCAAACGAUUCGGCAUCCAAAAUACGCCUGGAGCAGCAGGAGCGGAGGAGGAUAAAAAAGCGGCGCGAGCUGCAAGAUUCGGUAUUGAGACAUCUAGCGAGACCAAGGAUAAAUUGGCAGCAAGAGCGGCGAGAUUUGGGAUUCCGGUGAAUUCGGAUGGAAAACGAGCAGCUGGAGAGGCGAAAAGUGAAGAAGAACUGAAGAAAUUGGAGGAACGCGCGAAACGUUUUGGAUUAAUUGAUGAAGAUGUAAGUUGUGUUGCUAAAAUCGAUAUUUUCCACGUCAUUUUUUUUAUAAUUUUCAGGCGGACGCCAAGAAAAAAGCGCGUUUGGAACGAUUUGGAGCGUAA